GGGAAAGGGGACAGCUGGGGGUCACCAUCCCCAUGGGAUUUAAGAGGCUUCGGGUUGCUGUUGGGACACAGAACAGGCUCUUUCCAGCGACCAUGAGGGUCCUCAUCCUGUUGGCUGCCCUGGUGGCAGUGGCCACCAGCACCGAGACUUUUGUUGGGCACCAGGUGCUGCGCAUCGUCCCCACCACCCAUGAGGAGCUGCAGAAGGUGCAGGAGCUGCAAGACCUUGAGGAUCUGCAGCUGGAUUUCUGGCUGGGACCCCGCGGGCCUGGGCACCCCGUCGAUGUCCGGGUGCCCCUACCCAGCCUGCAGCCCCUCAAAGCCCACCUGGAGUCCAACGGCAUCUCCUACUCCGUCAUGAUCAAGGACGUGCAGGCGCUGGUGGACCGUGAGAAGAAGGAGAUGCUUCGUACCCGCCGCUGGUUGCCACUUUCCACCAGCACCUUCAACUAUGACUCCUACCACAACUUGGCCGAGAUUUAUGACUUCAUUGACCUGCUGGUGGCUGAGAACCCCAACCUGGUCAGCAAACUUGAGAUCGGGCGGUCAACGGAGGAUCGGCCCCUCUAUGUGCUCAAGUUCAGCAAAGGGGGGACGAACCGUCCAGCCAUCUGGAUCGACACUGGCAUCCACUCCCGAGAAUGGGUGACACAAGCCAGCGGCGUCUGGUUCGCCAAGAAGAUUGUCUCAGACCAUGAGCGAGAUGAAGGUCUGGCCUCCAUCCUGAACGAGAUGGACAUCUUCCUGGAGAUUGUCACCAACCCCGAUGGCUUCGCCUUCACCCACACCCAGAACCGCAUGUGGAGAAAGACCAGGUCCCGGCACUCGAGCUCCACUUGCAUUGGUGUGGACCCCAACCGCAACUGGGACGCAGGUUUUGGAGGGACCGGCUCCAGCUCGAACCCCUGCUCGGAGACAUACCGUGGACCCUACGCCAACUCGGAGCCCGAGGUGAGGGCCAUUGUGGACUUUGUGAAGAACCAUGGGAACAUCAAGGCUUUCAUCUCCAUCCACAGCUACUCCCAGCUCCUGCUCUACCCCUACGGCUACACCAGCACCCCAGCGCCCGACCACCAGGAACUGCACCAGAUUUCCGAGCAGGCGGCGGCAGCUCUGGCUUCUCUCUAUGGCACUGACUUUGAGUACGGCAGCAUCUACUCCACCAUCUACCCAGCGAGCGGCUCGACCGUGGACUGGACGUACAACCAGGGCAUCAAAUACUCCUUCACCUUCGAGCUGCGGGACACGGGGCGUUACGGGUUCCUCCUCCCGGCCUCUCAGAUCGUCCCCACCGCUCAGGAGACGUGGCUGGCGCUCAAGGUCAUCAUGCAGCACGCGCGGGACCAUCCGUACUGACCACGAUCCGGGGGCAAAUCACCUGGAUUGGGGGGAAAAAGAACGAAAUAAAUAAAUAUAAAGAAAGAUGAGAAAUG